UGAAAUACACCUAUCACUCUCUAAAUUAUAGUCAAAAUUACAGUGUGGGAAUACCGAUUUGCUUUUUCCAUUUUCUAAAAAAAUAACUGUCUUUAAAGCACUUUUGCAUAUAUGUGGUCUUCACAGUAGUGUAAUGAGUCCGAUAAUCUAGGUGUUAGCCCCAUGGUCAUUAAGUGACGUGUAUGAUGACACAGUGAAAAGUUCUACACUUACAGGCUGGAACCUGACUUUAAGUCUUCCAGUUUUAAAUUGUAAUCCUUUCUUCAAGAAACCUUAGAAGAAUUUUAAAGGUGCUUUUGGUUGUUCAGUUGAUGGUGGUGUAGGGCCUCCUUAGCCUGUCAGAAGACCUUUGCCCUUCAGCCUCGUGUAUUUGUUCUCAAGCAGCACCACAGCUGGUGCUGCUGCAGAAGGUCUGACUUACAGAUGCCUUCUGGAUCCCCUGUUGCCCUUCUGACCGUGUCUGCAGUGCCUGCCUGAUGCUUUGAUGUCUUUCAUUCUCACUAGUACUUGGUUUUCUCCUUUGGGAACGUAUUGAUUUUGAGUAUAGAUAAAGACAGGUGGCCUGGGUUCUAAGGCGUGUACAGAAUCUGAUUCAUAGUAAAAAUUCAGUAAGUAUUAGCUACUGUUUAUAUUUGAAUUUGAAGACCAGUGAAUUGACUGACCUUAUGUUCCCAAAGUAUGGUGCUCAAGAAUAGAGAAGUUCUGCCAUCCUAUAAGGCUCUUGGCAAUAUACUUUUCCCUGGAGAUCCAAAAUGAAGGUUAAUGUAUCAGUGAAGAAACCUGUUUAACUUUUUAAUCCAAUGUUUACUAAGCUUGAGCACAAUUACACCUAUUAACAGUGUACUACAGUUGGUAAACACUGGACUAAUAACUUUCCCCUGAGUUCCAUCGAUUUAUUGGAAAGACUUAAACAGAACGUGUAGUUUAGAUCCCCCAACCCCUCAGUCCCCCGUGAAUCUAUCUUUCCUAGAAAGACAAGUGAAGCCAGUUGUCUCGCAAAAAAUACUCACUUUAACCCAUUCUUUUAGAGUACUGCAAACUUGCCACCAGGUGGUACUGUUGCAUAAAAUGAAAGUGUCAUAAAAUGAUUGAGUGUCACGGUAUACCUCAAAGAUGGUCAACGCAUAUAAUGAGAAUCAUGUUAGAUACCAUGUAGCAUUCACCGAAGUUGCCUGAAGGACUUUUUCGUUUCUUGGCUUUUGUUAAAGGAGGUCCUUUGAACCUUGAAAUAUAACCAGAGUGUUAGACUUGGGAAGUUCAUAUUUUAUAUCACCAAAGGGAAAAGUAAAAUCUAAAUGAAUUAUUUAGUUUUUUUAGAAAUAUGCAGAAUAGGAAAUAGAACAUUCUUGAGAAAGGCAAGUUAGCAUAGUGGUCAGCAGUGUGGGCUAUAGUGUAUGUUCUGGGUUCAAAUUCUGGCUCGUUGACUAGUAAGUACAUGACCUUAUCUACUAACUUUCCAUACCAUUAUUGACCAUUGGUGAUCUUAAGCAAUGUUGAACAUACAGUGUCAAUUCAGAAAUAUUUACAGCUUAUAGGAUUGUUAGGGGAAUGAAAGAAAAUCUGUCUAAAGUACUUAGAAAAAGGCCUCACACACAGUACAUGAUAAAUAUUAGCUAUCAUUAUUAUUCUAAAUUUUUCUUUCCUCUACAGCUUAUUUUCAGUUGCUUUUUAAAGACGGAAAGCUCAUGGUGCAAAUUGUUAUUUCCAGUGCUGGGGCUGGAGGCCUGGCAGAAUGGGUGCUGAUGGAGCUACAGGGGGAGAUCGAGGCUCGCUACAGCACUGGAUUAGCUGGAAACCUCCUGGGAGACCUACAUUACACCACUGAGGGAAUCCCUGUGCUGAUCGUGGGGCAUCAUAUCCUGUAUGGAAAAAUCAUCCAUCUGGAGAAACCUUUUGCCGUUCUUGUCAAACACACUCCUGGGGAGCAGGACUGUGAUGAACUUGGCUGCAAGACUGGCACCCGGUACCUGGUGACAGCACUCAUCAAAAACAAGAUCCUUUUCAAAACUCGCCCCAAGCCCAUUAUCACCAACGUCCCCAAGAAAGUAUGAAAGAACCCCGGAUUUUCCCCAGAGAGCGGCCAACUCCUUGGACUCGUGCUCAGUUGCCACCUCGAGGACGGCUCGACGGUUCCCUGGGACCACAGGGGGGUCCUGUUUUGAACACAGGCCACCCGCUAGGCAUGAAUUCUGAUCCCUUCCUCAUGGCAUCCGGUUCUCUUGGUGGAAAUCUGGCCCCAUUUCCAAGGAACCCAUCGCCUUUUCCAACUUCAUCAGGCUCAUUGGCUUCAAAUCCAGCACCUUUCCCUGCUGGUGCUCGUGACCCAGCCAUGGCUUCUUUUCCAAGAGGGAUGAAUCCCACUGGUGCAGGUGCAGUUUCUUUCCCAAGGCCCUGGGCCCAACCUGAGAGCAGGUGUCCUGUUGACUCCUGGGAAUGGUCCUCCUAAUCCUAGGCCCGUUGGCCUGGGACCA